GGCAGUGUGUUCCCGGCCAGGCGCUCCGCGGACAGCUCAACCCGCUCCCCGUGUGACGUGAAGGACCUCCUCCUCCGACACACAGCAGCAGUGAUGGCGGACUACGACAACUACGAGGAUCGGGACCGGGCCUACGGGAGCUUCGGCGGCGGCAGAGGGCCCCGGGGAGGCGCCAGGAAGCAGAAGGAAAUGCCGACAGAGCCGCCCUUCACAGCGUACGUGGGGAACCUGCCGCUGAACGCCGUGCAGGGCGACAUCGACAUCAUCUUCAAAGAGCUCAACAUCCGCAGCGUGAGGCUGGUCCGCGACAAAGAGACAGACAAGUUCAAAGGGUUCUGUUACGUGGAGUUUGAAGACCUGGAUUCUCUAAAGGAAGCGUUGACGUACGACGGCGCUCUGCUGGACCACAAGGCUCUAAGGGUCGACAUCGCAGAGGGGCGGAGGCAAGAGAGGGGUGGGCCAGGGGGGGGCUUCGGCUUCCGGAAAGACGACAUGCGAGGAGGUGGAGGAGGAGGCCGAGGAGGCUCUCGAGGACCUCCACGAGGAGGAGGAGGAGGAACGCGGGACGACUUCGAUAAUCAAGACGGAGGUUUCAGAGAUAAUGACUUCAUGGGGGGACGGAGUCGGGGUGGCGGUCGCCCCGGUGACAGGAGUGGGGGGCCCGGGGGUCCUGGUGGCCCAGGAGGACCAGCUCGUUUCAGAGAGGGGCCUCCCCCCCGUGGAGGAGGAGGUGGAGGACCAGCGCCAGACUUCAGGGAACCGUCUGAAGAGGAGCGAGCAGCGCGUCCUCGGCUGCAGCUGAAGCCUCGCACCGUCGCCGCGCCGCUCAACCAGGUCGCCAACCCUACUUCGGCCAUCUUUGGAGGAGCAAAGCCACGAGAGGAGGUGAUGCCCAAAGACCACCAUUAAAAGAGACUGAGGUCGGGGGGGUGGAGGGGGGGAGACAGAUAGAGAACUUUAACACGGGAAAGAGAGAAACGCCGAGUUAGCAUUCCUUCCGCCUUCCUCCUCUUCCUCUUCUUCUUCUUCACUGAUGAAUAAUAAUAACCUGUAAACACAGCGAGCAGCUUGUGAUGCAUGUCUGAACUUUGAAUUUUUCUGCCCCCCCUCCUCGCCACCGCUUACUGUGAUGUCACGUCAUGUGGCCCCGCCCACUUUUCUCCCACAGCAGGAAGCCCCGAAGGCGUUUCAUCCCUAGUUAUUUCGCUCACCUCCUUCUGGACGCUUGUUUUCGUCUUCCUGACGUCCAGGGCGGGCGGGGUUUAAUUAGUAUCGGGACAAACUCCAUGAUUGAGCUUUGAGAGAGUAAAUAAUGAAUUGCUGAUAUUAUUAGUGUGAAACUGUUAGUGAAGUAGAAAAGUUUUAGUUUUUUCACCAAAUGUUCUGCUUCGUUGGUGUUUAGCCUCAAGAACAUUUUAACUGCACUGAAGAAAAACUGUCAGAGGCCCGUUCCUGUUACAACUCAACAACACCAUGAAAUACAAGGACAGUCCACAUCUUUCUGGAGAAGAAAUUAGUAAUUUUGAGCGAUGAUUUGCUAAAAUGUAAUGCCAGAACAAACGCUUUGAAUGUAAGAAAUCUGCUAUUCAGUGCGGCUCUAAUGACCGAAAAUAAUUUGUCUGUCAGGUAGUGCUGCAUUAUGUCCCACACACGCUGAAGGCAGCAUAGGUUAAAGGUAGCAGGGAGGGGGCGUGGCCUGCAGUACAGCCCCUCUUGAGUGGUUUUCAACAUCUCUCAUCCAAUCAGACUGAACAGCGUCUGAUUGGUCCACACUAAAACAGAUUGAUGCGCCUUUCUGUGCUUUUUUUACUCAAACUUUUUCUCCUUUUUCUUAAAACUGUUUUGCUUUCCUAAGACAAAACUUAACACGAGCGGAUUUAAAGCCAAACACAUUUUCUUUAAUCGUUAAUUUAAGUGUUUAUCCAUGGAUGGAAAUGCGAGCAAGUUAAUUUGCGCCCUGAAUUAACCUGCUUCACCGCUAACGAGAUACACUUUUUACCUGGGGUUUUAUUGCAACAAAUGCAUGGAAAAGAUGUAGGAUAACUCCAUUAUGAUGGUGGUUUGUUAAAACCCCUAAAUUCCUGCUUUGUAAGGACUGUCCACAAGAAGAACUAGUUAAACACGUCUUUUCUGAAUGGAGUUUGGUGGAUCAGGGCUAGCUAACAUGUUAGCCUCUUCAUUAACACCCCAAAGACCGUUCACAAGAGACCGCUCUUUCAAAUCUUAUUUUUUAUGUAUAUAAGUCUUUUAUAUUUCCAUCUCAUUCACUUUUUUCAAAUCUUUAACUUACGUCCCUUCUCCGCCCCCCCCCACCACUCUUUUCUGGUGAGCGUUACUGAAAGGAGGGAAUGAACCGUGGCGAGAGGCAGGACGUGCAAAUGCUUUGUGAUCCGCUAUCAUUUUAAUAUCUCCCUUUGUUCUUCCUCCAUGUGUCCUCUAGCUGCCCUGAUUCAUUAAAAUCAGCCCCCCCCCCUCUGACCAGAAGGUGGCGCUGCCCCCCCCCCCCCUGCAGGAAGAAGAAAUUAAAGGUUCUUGUGCUGUUUUUUGUUUUUUUUCAUUUCCGUGUGCAUCUUGUAAAAGCCGACUGCCGCCAAUAAAGUUUUGUAAAAAUUUAUGAAAGUUUUGAAAGAACUGCAGAAGUCCAAAUUAUUGUUAUGGUGCAGAGACAUUCGGUUUGUGGUUCAAACUGUAAUUAUUUUGCAUCUUAGCGGAGAAGACGGUACCCGGUGUGUGUGGAUUGGGGGGCGGGGGGGGCGCGUUAUGAGAACGUUUAAUAAACUGUUCUCCUGGAAGUUUGCUUUACUGUACUAUAGAAUAAAUAAACGGCUGUUUUAACUUUU